UAAAUAUGUAAAUAUAGUAUGGUUGAAAGAAGCGGAAGCUUUCUUACAUUUUCCUGAAUAGUAUUAUAAUAUGCAAUUGAGAGAGCUGUAACAUUUUGUUGCUCAAUGUAAUCUCGUAGAUAUACGAACUCUCAUGCGAAAUGACGUAAACGGUUUUCCAAGAUCCUUACAUACCGUAUCUCGACCGAAGUUUGAUAAGAAUGUCAUUCAGUUGCCAAUGGUGAGAGAAAAAGAAAGAGAAGGAUAGAGAUGUUAUGUUUAUAUUACGACGAAUAGAACGCUUACAAAUUUGUAAAUUCAAAAUAUCCAAGAAGAAGGAUGGAAUGCGCCGAACGGAAGUAUCUGUGUAUAAUUUAACGCUAUGCCACGGCAAUCUUACACCGCGUACCCUGACAUUUCGUUUGUCGACGAUGUCAAAAUUUUAGGUACUAUCAUGGACACAGAUGUGGAGCUUGGCAAAAGUGAAGGGUGCGAAACUAUCCCAGGCUGCUCCGGUUACUCUAGCAUGGUGCACAGUAAGAAAGUUAUUAAACAUGCGUUACGACAGCAAGCCAAAAGGCGUAGAAAGAACACGACAAUAGCAGCGGGCAAUUCUCGCGCAUUGCCUAGAAUUGUUGUCAAACCGUUACCUCCACCCCCAUCGAAUGAUCCACCAUCUCCGGUUAAUAAUGUACAGCACAUCAAUACUGCAGCGGAAGAACCUGCUGCCACAAUGAGAGAAGUUUUGGCUAGUUUACCUGGAUUUAGCUUGAAAUCAGGCCGUAGACGAUCUACGAAGAGAUUGUCAGCAACCGCACAAUUAGAAGCUGGUCUUGUAGAUUUGGAAUCACCAGCAAGCAUAUUAGCAAGUACAAGCUUACGUGCUUUGUUAAAUAGGCAUACAUUUCAAGGCUUACCUCCACUGUAUCAACGAAAGCUCGCACAACUCUUGCCUGCUGUAGAUAGACAGGAUGCUGCAAUCUCUGGAUUAAACAAUGAAUUUUUUGCAAGAGCUUGUUUAGAAUGGCGGAAACGUUUAGCAGAAGGAGAAUUCACUCCAGAAAAUCAACAACGCCUGAAAAUGGAAGCGGAACGAGAUAAAAAUAAGCUAGAUCCAUGGAAAGUGAAACAUUUUGAGCCAAUAUGGGGAGAGAAACGAGAGCCUAAACUUAAAUCGACUCUCCAUUAUAUUACCGAGUCACGUUCUAGUGGUGCAGUAACACGUUCAAGUUUAAGACUUCGUUUGGAAUCGAAUGUGGAUAUUUCUGCAUCGGAACAUGUUUAUCCUAUCGUAAUGACAGGAGAUAAAAUCGAUACUAAUUGCAAGACCGAAAUUAACAUAAAGAAUUCUGAUAGUUUAGCUAAUUCUGAAGAAGUGCAAGAAAAUUUAAUGGCUUUAGAUUAUAAUACAUUGUCAGAUAAUUUGACUGAUGAGAAACACUUAAAUGAUUCCAUGCAAGUGAAUCCUGUAGAAAUAAUAGAAGAUGUUCAUGAAAGUAAAACGGAAGAAAUCGACCAGAUCGCAGAUAUUUGUGAGAAUAAAGAUUUAAUUGAAGCUAAUGAUAUUGCAAGCCAAAUUUGUCAAGAUAACAUCUCGAAUGUUUAUGAAGAAGAAACAGAUUUUUCUUCCAAUAAGAAAAAUUUGCAGCCUUCGGAGAAUAAUGUAAUUGAAACAUUAGAGGAAGAUACUGUACUGUUGCCUGAUGGUAAUUCAUCACCUAGAUCUAACGAACAGGUAGAACGUGCGUCACAGAGUACGUCUGGAGAAUCAAUUUCACAGUUAUCCAAUGAAUAUAUAUCACAAACAUCUAUAGAUCAAAUCUCAAAAGAACAGAUUUCACAAAUGUCGAACAAUCAAAUUUAUCAGAUAUCGGAUUGCGAAACUACAAGUAUCCUUGAAAGCUCAUCACCGAAGGAUCAAGUUAGAUCAACAGAUAUUAUUAUAGAGGAUACUAAUUUGAUGAGCAAUGAUCAAACUGAAACAGCACAUGUUUCGCAUGAAAACCCAACGGAUAGCGAAUCACAAAUUCCAGAAGGAAUGGAAAUUGAUAGCGAAACCUUACAGCGUAUUCAUGAACUCGAGGUACGAGGAGAAAUGCGCGAAAUGUAUGAAGAAAUUUCGGGUUGCCCCGAAGAAAUAAUAUAUCCUAUUCUCGAGGGAAUUGAAAUGACUUCAAACAAUGCAGAAGUAACUGAACCGCAAGUAUCUGGACAAACUGAAGAUGCUAGGGGAUCCGAUGUAAACGCUGGUAAUGAAGAUGAAGCUCUUCGAGAAGCAAAUAAUUAUGUCUGCUCUGAAAUGUUAGAAUGCAGUUGGACAGUAGAUCCAACCAUUAAUAAUAUCAACAAUAAUAAUAGAACACAAGAGGAGCUGCAAGUACCUUGGCCUUUGGUGGCAGCUGCUCUUGAUGGAUCUGUAGCAGCUAACAUUACAGUAACAACACAGGAUGAAUGCAGCGAAACUUCUACAACCGAUUCUACCACUGCUUCGCAACAAUUUAUUAAUACGGACACCAAUGUAGAAUCCGUUAACUGUAUCCAAUUACCGGUUGUUCAAGGAACUACGUUUCAAUCGGAUGGUUUGGCCAUCAGUACGCCAGGAAACAGCUGCAUUAUGAAGAGCUUGCAAUCGCAAAGUCCACCGAUUAUCACAUUUCCACAAUUACAAUCUAUCAGAUUUGUACAAACCAGUUUUAAUCCAGAGCAAGAUACUACAUCUUUAAUUACAAAUAACUCGCCUACAAUCUCAGCCCAGCCUCAACAAAGUACUACCGCGCAAAUAAAUAUGAUACGAACACAGGAUACCAUCACCCAAAUAAAUACUCAAAACAAUAAUACAUGCAAUAAUGUAAAUCAGAAUGCCAUUGCGACGCAGAGUCAAGUACAAAAUACUCUAUCAACUACAAUGGGAAUACAAUCUCAGACUCGUGCGCAGAACGCGAUUGUUAUACAACAUCAAACUGCUGCUUCAACUCAAUCUCGACAAAUUGCAGCUGCUGUGCAUCAACAACAACCACAACAACAGCAGCAGCAACAACAACAGCAGCAAUAUGUCGGAUCAUCGAUAACAAUUUCAUCGCGACCAUCGCGCAUAUCUAAUCAAAGCAGCCAAAGAAGCUCCAGAAACAAUAAAGAACAAGGAGGAAAUAGAUCGAGAAGUUCUACAAAAGAGCCUCCAGGUGCUGUCAAUUUGGAACGCAGUUAUCAGAUAUGUCAAGCGGUCAUACAAAGUUCACCAAAUAGAGAUCAAUUGAAAGCUCAUUUAAAACCACCACCUAGUCUACUCGCAAGAGGAGAUGGUGCAUUCACAACCAGUAAAUCUGGUGGACGCACCGUGACAACUGUCAAACCUCAGAAAACGCAACAAGUGAUACAACAUAACAAACAAGCUCAAAAUAAAACACAAGCAGUUAUGUUGAGACAUGUAUUUGCUACAGCGCGUCAAGCUACAUCAACUGAGAUUACAGAAAGCACCCCUAUAGCACAGCUUGGUUCCACCACCAGUAACAAUUUCGGGCAAUAUAUACUUGUACAAAGGACAGGAGUUGGGGAUGGCGCACCAAGAGCAUCAUCCGCUCCCCCGUUACCACCGCAGAUUGCAGGGAUGGGCGUCGGAGUCCAUUUGGUUCGAGGUAGACCGGCAAGCGCCGGGGAAGGUUCUCAUCAAGCCGUUACUCUGAAAGCAAGAGGCGCGGAUAGUAGAGUGACCGGUGGUGCGGAACCCGGUGCACCCGGCAUGAUAAUCGGCGGUGACCCACCACCCCCGUGUGAAUGUAAUAUGCGAGGAGCCAUGGUAAUUUGUCGGCAGUGUGGUGCCUUCUGCCACGAUGACUGCAUCGGGCCUCAACGUAUCUGUGCUACCUGCCUCAUACGUUAAUCAUUCUUUAUUCAAUCAUUCGUGUAUAAAUUUAAUAAGUCCGUUAUCAGAUAAGAGUGCUGAUCAUCUAUUACAAUAUUGGUAAAUUAAAGAAACCAAACAUACACAUCGUAAUGACACAUUUAUUAGACAAUAUAUAUACAAGAGAUAUAUUAUAUAUAACAGAAGUUGUGCGGCAUAUACAUACAUAUACAUAAAGUAUGAUCGAAAAUUUGGGAGAUAUAAUUUCUGCAGCAAUUUACUAAAUAGUACAUUGCAAUCGAUGUCCUAUUGCAUUUGAUUAGGAAACAGAAGUUAACAUAUCGAUGUGUAGUUUUGGAAAAGUAUUAUAUUUUUUAAAGAAGGUAAUAUUAAAUUAAAAUUUUAAUAUAAUUUUUCUUUAAUAAACAUUGUUCUCGAUUCUUUAA